AUGGCGGGAUUGGCGGCAUCAGGGGGAGGCAGCGGAAGGCUACGCGGCGAAUGGGACCCGCUUUCUCCCCUGCAACUGCGAAAGCCGCCGCUUUUCGCCAACAAAACAGACGCAACAGGGGAUAACGUUAUUACUAGUACAGCCGCCGCCGUUCGUGGCGAUUCCGUUACUAGUGGCGAUGCCGCUACUGGCGCUGCCGCCAUUAGCUUUGCUUUUGGCGUUUCCGAUGACAGCGUGGCGCAGACCAGACGACGGCGACGAGUAUGCUGGACGUCGUCAGGAGACUACGCAUCCCCGUCCCCCUCGGGAGUGGUGAUCCACGGCUCAGGUUGCGCCGCGUGUCUGCGCGGGCAGCGCUGCUCCUUCCGCGUGUCCGUGCGCGCGCCCGCGCGUUGGGAGCAGGCGGUGAAGAGGGCGGUUGGGGAGAGCUGGUGGAAGCGCGACUUAGCUCUGACUUUAAGAGGCGCCUCGCUGGCCCACGGGGACAUUAGGUGUCUAGACUCUCCGCACUGCACGGAGUUUAGAGUGUCGUACCGCGGAGAGGCUCUCUAUAGGGUGACGCUGCACAUGGGGUGCGCCAACCUCAAAUUCUCCACCUCCUUCGCUCACCACCUCAACCGCUCCCUCCCUCGCUUUGAGGUGACUUUUGAGUCGACUCAAAAGUCAUUCUCCACCUCCUUCGCUCAACCGUUCCCUCCCUCGCUUCGCCUCUCUUCCCUUGCUUCCCCCACUCCCCUUCCCCCUCCCGCCCACCCUUCCCACUCCCACAGGGCAACGCUGCACGUGGGGGCGACGCUGCACGUGGGGUGCGCCAACCUCAACUUCUCCCGCUCCUACGCGCAUCACUUCAACCGCACGCACCAGCACAGCCUCGCCUCCUGGCCAAUCACAAUCACGCCACUGCCGGGGCGGUGGGUGGUGAAGGCAGAUGGGUCCCUCAGUUGGGCAUUCUACCCAUGCACCCCCUGCGAAAUCCCCCCAUCCGAGUGGAUAGGCGUGUUACACGAGAGGGGCAUUCGGGAGAUCAGCAUUGUGGGCGACAGCCACCAGCGGUUUCUAGCGGCACACCUGGCCUUCCUGCUCACGGCAAAGGCGGAAGGCAGAGUGAUCCAUUGGCAAGACGACCUGGUGUUGAUCGCGCGUGAUGACAGCAGCAGCAACCGCACGCUCAGGAUCAACUUUUACUGGAUUGAUGGGAUCUACAAAAAUGGAGAAUUCGGCUGCACCCAUCGGGGCCAGACCACCAACAGAUCGGAGGAAUUCCCUGAGAUCUCCCCCACGGCUGACGUCACACUGUUUGAAGGAGGCUACUGGGCAGCUUCCUUCUGCCGCCAGCCCCUCAAGGCGCUCCGAGUGCACCUCGAGGAGUUUGCUCGCUGGGCGCUUGCCACCGCGCCCGCUAAAGGCCGGGUUAUUUUCCGAACUAUCCCGUCUUUUCCGGUGGCUGGGGAGUGGUGCCAGUCGUGCUAUCCCGGGCCACGUUCGAACCGGGUGGUUAUGGCGAUCAAUGCACUGUUGAAGCAGAUAGUGCAAGGAGGGAUAGAGAAGCUGGUCUAUCUUGAUUCUAGCUUGCAGGUCUUACCCGAAGACUCUGAGGAGGAGGGAGGAAACGCAGAAAGAGCAUCACCAUCACCAUCACCAUCACCAUCACCAUCACCAUCACCACCACCACCAUCAUCAUCAGCUGAAUCCGCUGAGCUAGCAGCGUUACCUGCAGGGGCAGCAACAGUGCUGGACACGUGGCAGGUGGACGGGCCUCGGUAUGCCGACACAGCAGUCCCCAACGACCACCAUUACUCCGUGGUGCAGCUCACAAACCAAGGUCCAGGGUGUGGUUCACAGCAGAAGGAGGGGCAAGUGGGAGAAACCCAGGUGGACAGGCCUCGGUAUGCCGACACAGCAGUCCCCAACGACCACCAUUACUCCGUGGUGAAGCUCACAGACCAAGGUGCAGUGGUGACGGGGGAUGUGGGAGAGGUGCAGGUACGGGCCUUCAUUCACUACCUGCUUCAUGGGCUCCCCCCACUCCACCCAUGA